CCACCUAAAAGUGUCCAUAAAAUGAACAAGUGAUGAUGCCAAGACGGCACGCACCCGCAUCUGCAUAGCCGUAUCCGCUAUGUAUGACAAUGACAUCAAUGUGCGCCUGUGUUCGAUAAUCUCAACUCCCACCACCUCUACACAGUACUAUCGCAUCUCUACAGCGACCAACACGCACAAUGGCCUCCUCACCCCCUCUCCAGCCAACAUACUCGCCCUCACAGAUCUCCCAAUACCUCACGCACCUGAAAAUCCCGUCUGCCCACCACCACGACUCGAUCCAACACCUCUCCCCGCAAGAAGCCCUGUGCUACCUCACUCUCCUCCAAACCCACCACCUCUCCCAAGUCCCCUUUGAAAACCUCACCCUGCACUACUCCCCCCACCGCCAAAUCUCCCUGCAACCGUCCACCCUCUUUGCAAAAGUCGUUGGCGACAACAACAAUCGAGGCGGGUAUUGCAUGGAGAACAACGCCCUCUUCGGCACGCUUCUACGAUCCCUAGGGUUCAGCGUUUAUUCUGCGGGGGCGCGGGUGUGGAGCGCGGGGCAUUGGACGGGCUGGAGUCAUAUGGUGAAUUUGGUGACGAUUGGGGGCGAGAAGUAUCAUGUUGAUGUGGGGUUUGGAGCUGAGGGGCCUGUUGUGCCUAUGCGAUUACAGCGAGAUGGAGAGGGCGUGCUGGAGAAACAGGUCAGUCCUGCGACGGCGAAGUUGCAGUGGCGCGGUAUCCCGGGGACUACCGAUGCAGAGCAGAGGCUGUGGGUAUAUUCGUAUCGCCGCGAUGCGGAGAGCGAGUUGGUGAUGAGGUACUGCUUCUCUGAGAUGGAGUUUCUGCCGGGCGACUAUGGGGUGAUGAAUUACCAUACGAGUACCAGUCCUAAGACGUUUUUCACGCGCACGAUUGUUGUCGAGAAGAAGAUCUUGAGGGAGGGGGAGUUGGUGGGGAGUCUGAUUCUGGGGGAUCGGGAUGCCAAGCGGAGGGUUGGUGGGGUGAAAGAAAAGGAGAUACGAUUUGAGAGCGAGGAUGAGAGAUUGAAGGCGCUGGAGGAGUGGUUUGGGAUCAGGUUUGGGGAGGCAGAGAGGGAGGGGAUUAGAGGGUUGGCUUCGGAGAUCGAGUAG